CCGUGGGCAGGUGAUGACUGCAGACGGGACCCCUCUGGUUGGCGUCAAUAUCAGCUUUGUCAACAAUCCUCUUUUCGGCUACACCAUCAGCAGGCAAGAUGGCAGUUUUGACCUGGUCACGAAUGGCGGGAUAGCCAUCGUUCUGCGUUUCGAGCGGGCGCCCUUCAUCACUCAGGAUCACACGCUGUGGCUGCCCUGGAACCACUUCUUCGUCAUGGAAACCAUCGUCAUGCGGCACGAAGAAAACGACAUCCCCAGCUGCGACCUGAGCAACUUUGCCCGGCCCAAUCCCGUGGUUUCCCCCACUCCACUGACAGCCUUCGCCAGCUCCUGUUCCGAACGAGGCCCCAUCGUGCCAGAAAUCCAGGCCUUACAAGAAGAGAUUAAAAUCUCAGGGACGAAAAUCAAGCUAAGCUACCUGAGCAGUCGUACAUCUGGCUACAAAUCGGUCCUGAAGAUCAGCUUAACCCACCCCACCAUCCCUUUUAACCUGAUGAAAGUCCACCUCAUGGUCGCGGUGGAAGGACGUCUCUUCAGGAAGUGGUUCGCGGCAGCUCCAGACCUCUCCUAUUACUUCAUCUGGGACAAGACAGAUGUCUACAAUCAAAAGGUCUAUGGGUUAUCAGAAGUCUUCGUUUCAGUGGGAUACGAAUAUGAAUCGUGCCCGGAUUUGAUCCUGUGGGAGAAACGGACGGCGGUGCUUCAAGGUUAUGAAAUAGAUGCUUCGAAACUUGGAGGAUGGGCCCUGGAUAAACAUCAUGCACUUAACAUCCAAAGUGGUAUCCUGCACAAAGGAAAUGGGGAAAACCAGUUCAUCUCCCAGCAGCCUCCGGUCAUAGGGAGCAUCAUGGGCAAUGGACGCCGGAGGAGCAUCUCCUGUCCAAGUUGCAACGGCCUGGCUGACGGCAACAAGCUCUUGGCUCCCGUUGCCUUGACCUGCGGCUCGGACGGCAGCCUGUAUGUGGGAGACUUCAACUACAUCCGAAGGAUCUUCCCUUCGGGGAAUGUCACCAACAUCUUGGAGUUAAGUCACAGCCCAGCUCACAAAUAUUACCUGAGCGCCGACCCCACCUCUGGAUCCAUCUACCUCUCUGACACCAGCACCCGUCGCAUCUUCAGGAUCAAGUCCACCACGGUGAUCAAAGACAUCUUGAAGAACUCGGAAGUGGUCGCCGGGACUGGAGACCAGUGUCUUCCGUUUGAUGACACCCACUGCGGAGAUGGAGGGAAAGCAACCGAAGCCACCCUCACGAGCCCCCGGGGCAUCACAGUGGACAAAUUUGGGUUCAUUUAUUUUGUGGAUGGUACGAUGAUCCGACGUGUGGACCAAAAUGGAAUCAUCUCAACCGUCCUCGGUUCUAAUGACCUGACGUCCACCAGACCUCUGAGCUGUGAUUCAGUCAUGGAUAUCUCUCAGGUUCGUUUGGAGUGGCCCACCGACCUGGCCGUCAACCCAAUGGACAAUUCCCUCUACGUCCUGGACAACAACGUCGUGUUACAGAUUUCCGAAAACCACCAGGUGCGCAUUGUGGCGGGCCGGCCGAUGCACUGUCAAGUCCCGGGGAUCGACCACUUUCUUCUGAGCAAGGUCGCCAUUCACGCCACGUUGGAAUCGGCCACGGCAGUGGCGGUCUCGCACAGCGGCGUCCUGUACAUCGCGGAGACCGAUGAGAAGAAGAUCAACCGGAUACGACAGGUCACCACGAACGGGGAAAUCUCGCUGGUCGCCGGAGCCCCCAGCGGCUGCGACUGCAAGAACGACGCCAACUGCGAUUGCUUCUCCGGGGACGACGGGUACGCCAAGGACGCCAAGCUGAACGCGCCGUCUUCCCUCGCGGUGUGCGCCGACGGGGAGCUGUACGUGGCCGAUCUCGGGAACAUCCGUAUCCGUUUUAUCCGGAGAAACAAACCUUUCCUGAACAACCAGAACCUGUACGAAUUAUCCUCACCCAUCGAUCAGGAACUCUACCUGUUUGACGCCAGCGGCAAGCACGUUUUCACACAGAGCCUCCCGACUGGAGAUUACCUGUACAACUUCACCUACACCGGGGAUGGCGACAUCACCCUCGUGACCGACAACAAUGGAAAUUUGCUUAACAUCCGGAGAGAUUCGACCGGGAUGCCGCUGUGGCUAGUGGUGCCAGAUGGCCAGGUCUAUUGGCUGACGAUGGGCACCAACAGCGCCCUCAAGAGUGUGACCGCACAGGGCCAAGAGAUAGCCAUGAUGACCUAUCAUGGCAACUCGGGCCUCCUAGCUACCAAGAGCAAUGAAAAUGGGUGGACCACAUUUUACGAAUAUGACAGUUUUGGACACCUCACCAACAUCACUUUCCCAACCGGUCAAGUCACCACUUUCCGGAGCGAUACGGACAGCUCCGUCCACGUCCAGAUUGAGACCUCCAGCAAGGACGAUGUAACCAUCACCACCAACCUUUCCGCCUCAGGAGCCUACUACACCCUCCUGCAAGAUCAAGUGCGCAACAGCUACUACAUCGGGGCGGAUGGCUCUCUCCGCCUGAUGUUGGCUAACGGCAUGGAGGUGGCUCUCCAGACUGAACCCCACCUCCUGGCGGGCACCGUCAACCCCACUGUGGGGAAGAGGAACGUGACUCUGCCCAUCGACAACGGCCUCAACCUGGUCGAGUGGAGGCAACGGAAAGAGCAAUCCAGAGGCCAGAUCACCGUGUUCGGACGCAGGCUGAGGGUUCAUAACCGAAAUUUGUUGUCCCUCGACUUCGACCGCGUGACACGAACCGAGAAGAUUUACGACGACCACCGCAAAUUCACUCUGCGCAUUCUCUACGACCAGGCGGGGCGGCCUACGCUCUGGUCUCCCAGCAGUCGUCUGAACGGGGUGAAUGUCACCUAUUCCUCCGGAGGACAUAUAGCCGGGAUCCAAAGGGGUACUAUGUCCGAAAGAAUGGAAUACGAUCAAGCGGGAAGAAUUACAUCCAGAAUGUUUGCGGAUGGCAAAUCUUGGACCUACACAUAUUUAGAGAAGUCUAUGGUCCUGCUUCUUCACAGUCAACGGCAGUACAUUUUUGAAUUCGAUAAGAAUGACCGCUUGUCAUCUGUAACAAUGCCCAACGUAGCUCGGCAGACCUUGGAGACACUUCGAUCAAUUGGCUACUACAGGAAUAUCUACAGGCCUCCGGAAGGCAAUGCCACCGUGGUAGAAGACUUCAAUGAGGAAUGGCAACUCCUUCACACCUAUUACCUGGGGACCGGAAGACGGGUCAUCUACAAGUACGGCAAGCUGUCCAAACUGGCAGAGAUGCUUUACGACACCACCAAAAUCAGCUUCAGCUACGAUGAGACCGCAGGCAUGUUGAAGACCAUCAACUUACAGAACGAAGGGUUCACCUGUACGAUCAGGUACCGCCAGAUUGGGCCCCUCAUUGAUCGCCAGAUUUUCCGUUUCACGGAAGAAGGCAUGGUGAAUGCCCGUUUUGAUUACAACUACGACAACAGCUUCCGGGUGACCAGCAUGCAAGCUGUGAUCAACGAAACCCCGUUGCCCAUUGACCUCUACCGUUACGACGACGUGUCGGGCAAAACCGAGCAAUUUGGCAAAUUCGGGGUGAUCUAUUACGACAUCAACCAGAUCAUCACCACGGCGGUCAUGACCCACACAAAACAUUUUGAUGCGUAUGGUCGGAUGAAGGAAGUUCAGUAUGAAAUAUUCAGGUCCCUCAUGUACUGGAUGACCGUACAGUACGACAACAUGGGGAGAGUAGUGAAAAAGGAAUUGAAGGUGGGCCCUUAUGCCAAUACUACAAGGUACUCAUACGAAUACGACGCCGACGGCCAAUUGCAGACGGUGUCCAUCAACGAGAAACCUCUCUGGAGAUACAGCUACGACCUCAACGGGAAUCUCCAUUUGUUGAGUCCCGGCAACAGCGCCCGUCUGACGCCGCUGAGGUAUGACCUCAGGGACCGGAUUACGAGACUGGGCGACGUGCAGUAUAAGAUGGACGAAGAUGGCUUCUUGAGGCAAAGGGGGAAUGACAUUUUUGAGUACAACUCCGCGGGACUUCUCAUCAAGGCGUACAACAAAGCCAACAAAUGGAGCGUGAAGUAUCAUUAUGACGGGCUCGGAAGGAGAGUCUCCAGCAAGACUACCCACGGUCAUCACCUGCAGUUCUUCUACGCGGACCUCACCAACCCCACCAAGGUCACCCAUCUGUACAACCACUCCAGCUCUGAGAUAACCUCUCUCUACUACGACCUCCAGGGUCACCUCUUUGCCAUGGAAGUCAGCAGUGGAGAUGAAUUCUACAUCGCUUGCGACAACAUUGGGACCCCCUUGGCGGUCUUCAGUGGAACUGGCCUCAUGAUCAAGCAGAUCCUUUACACGGCUUACGGAGAGAUCUACAUGGAUACCAACCCAAACUUCCAGAUUAUCAUUGGUUACCACGGAGGGCUGUAUGAUCCCCUCACCAAACUCAUACACAUGGGGAAAAGAGACUACGACGUCCUAGCUGGACGAUGGACCAGCCCGAACCACGAGAUUUGGAAACGUCUUAGCCACAGCAACAUCAUGCCUUUCAACCUCUACAUGUUCAAAAACAACAAUCCGAUCAGUAACGCCCAGGAUAUAAAAUGCUACAUGACAGAUGUCAACAGCUGGCUGCUUACCUUUGGUUUCCAGUUGCACAACGUUAUCCCUGGGUAUCCUAAGCCUGACAUGAACGCUAUGGAGCCAUCCUAUGAGCUCAGCCACACCCAGCUGAAAACCCAAGAAUGGGACAAUAGCAAGUCAAUCUUAGGGGUGCAGUGUGAAGUCCAGAAACAGCUGAAGGCCUUCGUCACGUUGGAGAGCUUCGAACAGAUCUACACGUCGAGCAUCGCUGGGUGCCAAGAAGUCCAGGAGAACCGCCAUUUUGCCUCGGGAGACUCCAUCGUCGGCAAGGGGGUCAAAUUUGCCAUGAAAGACGGCCGGGUGACCACCGAUAUCAUCAGCAGCGCCAACGAGGACGGGCGGAGAAUCGCCGCCAUCCUCAACAACGCCUAUUACCUGGAGAACUUGCACUUCACCAUCGACGGCACGGACACCCACUACUUCGUCAAGCCCGGGCCGUCGGAGAGUGACUUGUCCAUCCUCGGCCUCAGCGGAGGGCGGCGGACCUUGGAGAAUGGUGUCAACGUCACCGUCUCCCAAAUCAACACCGUGGUCAGCGGGAGGACUAGACGCUACACGGACAUCUCGCUCCAGUUCGGAGCCCUGUGCCUCAACACCCGAUACGGGACCACGUUGGACGAGGAGAAGAGCCGCAUCUUGGAAUUGGCCAGGCAACGGGCUGUGGCUCACGCCUGGGCUCGGGAGCAACAGAGACUACAGGACGGGGAGGAGGGUAGCCGGUCCUGGACAGAGGGGGAGAAGCAGCAACUGCUGAACACGGGACUCGUUCAGGGGUACGACGGCUACUUCGUCAUCUCCGCCGAACAGUAUCCGGAACUCUCCGACAGCGCGAACAAUAUCCAUUUUAUGCGACAGAGCGAAAUGGGGAGAAGGUGACAGAGAGGGGACGAUGCGUUGACUUCUUGCCAAAGACCGCUGCUUGAGACUGCGACGUACUUGAGCCUUCUUCUUUUCUUUUUUCUAAACAAAAAGGAAAACAAAACAAAAACAAAACAGAGACACAAAAGAACUUUACGGAAAACAGGCAAGGUGGAGGAAAAAACACGGUGGCACCAUAGCUCAGGCAACAUCCUAUAUUUUAGAUUUUUUUUAUCGUUUCAAGUGGCUUUCUCACCUUUGGCUGUUUUUCAUUCCUUCUCUUCCCUCCAUCCCUCCACCCCUUUUCUCUCCUAUCCAUCUUCUCUUUUUGGAAGUGUCAUUUCGCCAUUGUGUGUUGAGCCCCUUGUGCAAAAAAAAAUGCUUGAAGGUUGGGGAGGUGUCGGUUUCAACCCCCUGGUUGGUUUUCUUUCGUUGUGUUUCCUAUUUUUAUUUUUAACGGGGUGAAGAAAAGAAAAGGGAAAAAAAAAUAGCCUCUGUAUUAGGUUUGGGGGUUAACCUUUCCUAGUGGGGGCGUAGAGAAAAAAAAUUAAGGAAUAAGAGGAUUCGUGAGGAACGAAAACAGGAAGAAGAAGAAGGCAUCAUCGCGGAGAGGAAGAAAAAUUCACAAUUUCCUGCAGCGCCGUGUGAAAAAACCGUAGCGCCACAGGUCCUUCAAACCUUACGGUGAGCCUCAAAAGAAGAACUUGUGGGUUUGUUUUUACAUUAGCCAUUCUUUCUUCCUAACCCCCGAUGCUGUUUCGGGGUCAUUUGCCGAAAGGUGGCCGAAACCGCUGCAUCUUAAAAGACUUGUGAGCUCAAUCCUUUCUCUUUUUAAAUUUAUUUUUUAAUGGGUCUUUUUUUUUUUUUUUUACGACAAUAGGUUAUUUUGUUCCAGCGAUUUUGUUUUCUGCCGUUGUGUGACAGAGGAUGUGUCUUUUUUGUCCUUCGAGGGGAAAAAAAACCCAUCGCAGCUAUCGGAGCGGGAUGGGAAACGAAAAGGGGGGGGGAAAGGAAAUUCACACUAUUGCUGCACAUACUGUUAGAUGGGAAGCACCAAUGAUGUAUAUUUGUCAACAGUAAACCCUCCUUAAAUAUAUAGUAUUUCUGUACACCAAGUGAAGCGUGUUUAACUCUUGAGACCUUCUUCUCUGACCCAUGGAGGUUUUGUCUAGAGUUAGGGUCAUCCUUCAUGAUGAAAAUCCCAAUUCCUCCAUAUAUAUAUAUAUUCAGAGCCACUGAUGUGAGAGUUACAGCAAGCGCCUCCUAUUUCAUUUGCCUUUUUUUUAUU